AUGAUUGUGAAGAAAUGGAUUGUGUGUGUGUUGGUAUGGGAAACGAGGUAUGGAAGUUUAAAUGAGCUGUGGUUAGGGAUUAAAAUGUUCUGCAAUGGGUAUUGAUGGGUGAAGAUAAGGUAAUUAGCGAUCUUGAGGAAGUUUUACUUUGAAACUUUAAUUCCUUAGUUGAUAAAGUACUAAAAUACUAUGGAGCAUCUUUUAGAAUACCGUGAGGAUGUAAAGAAAUUAAGAUUUAUUUGUUCUGGUUAACUUUAGAUAUUAUUAGGUAGCUAAUACUAUAGAUAAUAUUUUCGUUGUUUUCUUAGUGAACGUUACGUGGGAAUGGUUGAUUUGGAUGUCAGAAGGAGGAAAAGGUUUUUUUUCAAUGCUAGCUAAUUUCAAGCAUGUUUUAAAAUUUACAGUGCGAAAUUUUGAGGUUUAUAUUAUACAUCACAUCAGUCAAAGCUAAAGCCAAUUCUCUAACAGUAAUUGUUGGAUUUUGUUUAAACUUUACAGAUAGUUAGAGAAUAGUCUAAGCUAUUUGUGCGCUAAAUAUCAAUUUUUAACUUUGUUGAUGAUUGAGAUAUUUUAGCUAAAAAUGUUGACGUCCAAGACAUUGAAGCAUAAAAGUGUAAAAUGAAGUUUUAGUCCUGAAAACUUCAUUUUAAAUUUUUUAAUAGUAUUUUAAUUAGAUAAAAGUAUUAAAAAUUAAGAUACGAUUAGUUGGAAAUAAGGUUUCAUUGUAUUGAAUUUAUUUGAAAAAGGAAAACGUUUCCAACUCGCGAAUCCGUUGCCAGCGCACCUUUUUCGUUUUUUCCUCUUUCUUUUUCCACUGCGUUUUCGAAUUCGCAAGACUAUUUGAGAUUGAAAUUUAGUAUUGCUCCGGUUAGUGUAAAAUUGUGGGCAAUGGGAAGUUUCUAAUUUUUUUGAUUUUAAAAGGUAAUUUUUGAAUUUUGAUGAAAAAUUGAAAAAAAAAUGUUUUUGCCAUAACCUUUUAUAGAAUAUUUUUAGAAACCUGAAAUUUUGUUAAAUUAUACAGAAUGUAUUUUGUCAACUAAUUAAAUUUUUAAAAUUUCAAAAGUAUUUUUUUUUAUUUUCAGAAUCAUGUCCACGGACGGCUCAGUGAAAGAAGAAGGCGAGCUCGAAGACGGUGAAUUGGAAACCGAUUCCGAAGCCGAAAACACUGUCGAAGCUUCAGUAGCGUCGAAGCCAGAAGCCUCAAAUGUAAUCGAAAGUCGGUCGAUCGACUCACCAGUCAAUAUUCGUCGAACCGGUUCACCAACCCACCCUCGCCGCACUGAUUCACCAAUAAAUCUGCGCCGGACAGAUUCACCAGUAAACCUUCGCCGGACCGAUUCACCAAACAUUAAUCGACGUUUUGGCUCACCAAUCCAAAGAAACUCACCUCAAUUUAACUCACCAACAGAAUUCGGAGCUUUCAAAACGAACCGCCCGGAGGAUUCAGGAAUAUGCAAAUUUUUUGUUCGCGGAACUUGCACAUGGUCAGAUGGCUGUAGAUUUAGGCAUCCGAAAGGAGAUGAACUUGAACAUUGGAAAAAGUUUCUUGGAGUUAGUAGUGGUGGAGAUAAACGGCAGAAGAACUCAAAUUAUGGUGCGUUUUGUAGCUCUUUGAGAUUUUUUUUUGAAUUUAAUUUUUUUUUGAAAAAAAUGAAACAUACAAGUAAAGAAUAAAAAGAAGUAUAUAUUCUGCAAAUAUCCGGUUAUCACCUAUUUGUUUGACAAAGUUAUGACGGUUUAAAAAGGCCGAAAAUUGAAAAAAGUUCGAUUCCGCUUGGAAACAAAAGCAUAUUUUUUAAUUUUUUUAGUUUAAAAUUUUUUCAUGAAGAAAGUGAAACAUACAUUUUAUAAAGCAUAAAAAGAAGUAUAUAUUCUACAAGUUUCAUAUUUUUAUAUUAAGUUUGAACUGAUUCAUGAUGGUUUAAAAAUGGCGAAAAUUCAAAAAAGUUCGAUUCCGCUUGGAAGCAUGAACUUUUCCUCUUUUGUAAAGAAAACUGAAAACCUAGGAUCAAAACUUAAUUUAAAAACGUUAUAGAUUAAAUUUACUUUUUUCUGUAAAAAUUUUAACUCUCAAACUUUUCAGAACCACUAAGAAAAGACCGCGUUAGUCGAAAAAUCAACCGAGAUCGUCGCUCAUCUUCAAUAUCUUCAAUGGAUUCAGAAGCACGAUAUCGGCGACGAAGACGAAGAAGUUCCUCAGGGUCAUCAGAUGCUCAUAGAAGAAAAAGACGCAGAAAUUACAGUAGAACAUCAUCAUACAGAACCAGGACUCCUUCACCACCCUCUGGACCUCCUUCACCGUAAGAUCUAGCUGGUUUUGAGGAAAUUUGGGGGUUGAAAAUGGUGUUUUGAUAGUUUUGAUGAGUGGUUUUAGUUGGGAGAAGGUUGAGGUGAAAGGAAUUUAUGAUUUGAAUCAGAAUCAUGCAAUUAUAUUAUCUAUAAGGUAUAUUUUAUUUGCUUUAAAGUAAAAAAUAUUGUUUUAGAGCUAGAAGAACACUGAAAAACGUGAAAGCCAACGCCCAAAUGGAGCCAUCGGCCGCGGAUUUGUCCAAUUUUCGAAUCCCAAAGAAAAAACGGAAAUUUGGCUCGAAAUCAAGGUCUAAGUCAAGGUCAAUAUCCAGAUCAAAGUCAAGAUCCUUAUCCAGAAGUGUUAGUCCAGCUGGUUUUUCACAGUAAGUUUUUAGUGCAAUUGUGUCAUUUUGAGAUGAAUAUUGAGGGUUUUGAAGACAUCUUGCUUUUUUAUAUUGUUUUAGGCUGAUAUUAGGGCUUAAAAAGUCUUGUCGUUUUUUAUUGUGUAAAUGUUAGCGAAUUGACGACAUGACUUUUUUGUCAAAUAUUUAACUUCAGAACGGUAUAUUUAGCUUUAUGGGGCUACAAAGGGUUUCAAAAAGUUAAAAAUGACGUUUAGAAAAGCUAAAAAGGCCAACUUUGGCUAUAUUACCAUGGUUAAUAUAAUGUUGAUCUUUUUCAGUAAAAACCCAACAAAGGAACAAGUACAAGACUUCUUUACUGAGAAAGAAAGCGAAAAGCCAUUGGCAUACAGAAGACAUGUAAAUAAGAGUUCAACCCCACCAAAACGGCCAAAAAAGGCCAGAGCAAGAUCAUCCUCAAGUUCAUCAUCAGCUUGUUCUUCUUCAAGCAGCUCGGCUUCUACUUUUAAGUAAGGUUUAGCUAAAGUAGGGUUUGGUUAAAAUGUUUAUUGUAAAAGUGGAUGUAAAGGUUAUAUAUUGAAGUGGCAAAAAAGUUUUGUCGUUUUACAACGUGGAAGGUAGUGUAAAUUGGCGACAUGACUUUUUUGGUUACGAUGAGAGAGGUGGUUUAGAAGUUUAGGAAGGAUGACACUUUAUAACGAUAUUUAUUUCAAAAGUAGAGUUUAAGGAUCUGUAUCAGAGGAAAAAAAAAGUUUUGUCAUUUUUUAACGUGGCAGGUAGUGUACUUUGGCGACAAGACUUUUUUAAGACGUUGAAAUAAGGUGAUUUGAAAUGGUUGAUGUUUUGUAAUGAUAGGAUGGAUAAAGCAGAGCAUUUUGAGUCUUAAAUUUUAAAAAAGAAUAGCAUUUUUAAUUUUUUUAAUUGAAAAUGAAAAUUUUCAUUAUUUUUUAUAAAAUUGGUACCUAUAUAACAAUUUUUUAGAUCUUUGAAGCAAAAAACCCAAAAAAAAUCUCUAUCACCUCAACCUCUAAGCUCGUCCGAAGAAGAAACAACGAAACCCAAACCAAAAAAGAAGAAAAAGCAGCCGGAUCUAAGCCUAGAAGCGGCCAAAAUCUCGUCAGAAAGCGACGAGUCCACAAAGCCUGAGAAACUCGAACCUCAGGCAAUUUCAUCAGACAGUGAGCCAGAACCGAGUGGACAACAUUAUGAAGAUAUCGAGAACGAUGCGAAUGUAAUCGACUUGGAAGAGGAGAAACCGCUGAGUCCGCUGGAGAUCAGUAGCGAAUCGGUAGGCAAAUCUGCACCGUCUCCAGUCUGGGCGUCUACUGUCUCGGCUCAUAACUUGAGAUUUUGAAGGUCUUGGUUGAUACUUUGAGAUUCUGAAGGUCUGCGUUGAUACUUUGAGAUUCUGAAGGCCUGGGUACAAGGAGGUCUAUCAAUGGUCAGGGGAGGGGAGCAAGGAUCUCUGGUCAUGGAUAUUAAUGUUUUUGGUUUAAAAACAAAGAUGGUCUUGGUUUCUGGACUUGAUUUAACGUGAUAUUGGCCUACAAAAAGGUAUUUUGACUUUGAAUUCCGAAAAGACUAGUCCGGGAACCAAAAACUUUAUUUUUUGCUUGUCUAAUUAAUAUUUACUCGUCUAAUUGUUGCCUUAUUUAACAUUUAAUCAAAUUUUUCGUUUUUUUAUUAUAAUAAUAAAUUUCUUUUGCCUAGUCUAUCGGUCUUGGAUAUGAAAGGUUUUAAUUGAAACACUUUCUAAGGUUUCAACUGAAACACUUUACAUUUUACAGUCAAUAUUGGCAGCGUUUUGCUGUACAGUAAAACAUCUUUAGUAUGUUUAUUGAUAAUAGGACACUGUCUUUAUAAGGACAGUUUUCUGACCAUCCUUUGUAAUAGAACUUAUAUCAAGUAAGCAGGGUGACACUUUAUACGAGGUUACUUAAGAUUACUUGUAUAGAGUGACACCCUACUUAUAAUGGCACUUUGGUCCGGUCUAUUUGGUGUUAUACUAAAGAGGUUCGAUUGUAAUCGAUUUUACUCUUCUUUUAUGCAUUUCUCUGUCUUUAGAACAAAAAUAUUUAACCCGCCCAAAAUUUUUUAAAAAAUUUAAAUUUGAUCCUCUGUUUAUUUAAUUUUUUUUUAUUUUUGGCUUUUUUACCUUCACCUCCCCCCCCCCCCCCUCACAUAUUUUUCUACCUUACCCAUUUCUUACUUUCUACCCUACCCAUGUCUUCGUUUCGACUUUCCCUACCCUUUUUUCUACCCUACCCACUCGUCCAAUGAAAAAAAUGACAUUUCAAGUACACUUAAUACCUAAUUUUCAAUUUUUUCUUACUUCAAACAAUUCAAACAUAUAUAAAACUCCAAUAUCAUUUUCUAAAACAAUAUAUUUUUAUAGGAAACCGAAGCUCGUCGUCCGCCUCGACCUGCUUCUAGUUCAUCCUCGUCAAGUUCUUCAUCUUCUUCAUCAUCUUCAUCAAGUUCUAGCGGCCAUUCGAGUUUGAAAAACGAAUUGCCACCGAAAUUGGAGAAGGAAGGCGGCUUUGGGGAGUCGACCAGGCCGCGACGGGUUUCUUCUGAGGCUAGCGGGUAA